CAUGUCCAUGGUUUCGAUGCCAAGGCUUCGGAGGGAAAAGCAGCCAAUCUAGCUACAUCCUUGGUAGUGGAGCUAUUAGCUCGUUAUCAAUGGCUUCAUUAGCUGCUGUUGUGCAGGAGGGGAGGUGCAUUAGAUAAAUAUGAACUGUUGACCCCUCGUCUAGAUCUCCAAUUCGUCUUCCCUUUCUUAAUUUAAGCGUCGACACUUCCAAAUACUUCAACCGCUAGAGUACCAUUUUAGCAUGUCGGCCUUGAUUCGAGAUGCGCCUGUUGGCCAACUAAUCCGGUGGGCCACUCGCAAUCGCAUCCUCCAAUAUCCCGAGGAACGGCCUAACUUCCAAUGCCCAAAUUGCUACUCACAUCCCGAUGAAAGGCUGGAACAUUAUCCCACCAAAGAAGAAGCACCACCAGCAGUGCCAGAGAGUCCGCCUGUUGAAGAGGCUGUAUAUCCCGACCCGGAGACGAUUCUAGAGCAGAAAUCCGAUAUUGAAGACGAGGAAGGCGAAGAAUUGGAGCUAGAGAAAAUCAGAACCGCACAGACUGCCCGAACAUCACAUACCGCCCGUACCCAGUUAUCACGAGUGGGGACAAGAACAGCACUGCAGAAAUCAAUUACUAGAGCAGACCUUGAACAACAAUUUACUUUAGCGACGAUCGAGAAAGGGCCUACGCGACCCAUUGAGCCAGAAAAGUUACCAGAUGGCACGAUUCUAGUAGAUUGGUACACGAGCGAUGACCCAGAGAACCCCCAGAACUGGAGCUUCGGCAAGAAGCUCUUUGUCAUGGCGCUUAUAGAUCUCUACACCUUGAGUGUCUACAUGGGCUCCGCAAUAUACGCUCCCAGCGAGGAAGGGGUUAUGGAACGAUUUAACGUGUCUGUCCAGGCUGCGUCUUUAGGUCUCUCUAUGUACGUUCUCGCUUACGGGAUUGGCCCUCUACUUUGGAGCCCACUGAGCGAGAUACCGGUCAUUGGCCGCAAUCCUCCAUAUAUGGUCUCAUAUGCGAUAUUUGUAAUUCUCCUCGUCCCAACUGCGCUCGUGGAUAAUUUUGCAGGACUUGUUGUCCUCCGAUUUCUCCAGGGGUUUUUCGGUUCACCUUGUCUUGCAACUGGCGGCGCAACUCUCCAGGACAUGUAUAGUAUCAUCAAGCUACCCUACGUUCUUUCUAUCUGGGCAUUUGCGGCUACGUGUGGCCCUGCUCUCGGGCCUAUCAUAUCCGGAUUCAGCGUCCAAGCAGAAAACUGGAGAUGGUCGCUUUGGGAAAUGCUUUGGCUUAACGGCCCAAUUUUCCUGUUACUUUUCUUCUUUUUGCCUGAGACUGGUUCGGCCAAUCUCCUUCUCCGCAGAGCUCAACGCCUCCGAAAGCUAACCGGCGACAACCGUCUCAAGGCUCAAUCCGAGAUUGAUCAGGCGCAGAUGAACCCCAAAGAUGUCGCUGUCGAAGCGCUUGUGCGUCCAAUCCAAUUAAUGCUCUUCGACCCCGCGAUUGCAUUUACAGCCGUCUACACCAGUCUGAUCUAUGGCAUCUUCUAUUCCUUCUUCGAGGCCUUUCCACUGGUCUUCAAUGUCAUGUACGGAUUCAACCUCGGGCAGAUGGGUCUCACUUUCUUGUCCAUCACCGUCGCGGUCAUUCUGUCUAUUGCCUUUUAUUGGGCUUACAUCCGCUAUGUGGUAGAGCCUGAUAUUAUCCAGAACGGCCUUGGGUCUCCGGAAAGGCGCCUCAUUCCCGCUCUUAUAGUCACGUUCCUUGUUCCCAUCGGCCUUUUCAUCUUUGCUUGGACGUCUCGGCCGAAUAUACAUUGGAUCGUUCCAUGCAUCGGAAUAGCUAUCACGACCGUCGGUAUCUUCCUAAUCAUCCAGUGUAUCUUCCUUUAUCUACCUCUAGUUUAUCCUCAAUUCGCCGCCUCCUUAUUCGCUGGAAACGAUUUCUUGCGAUCAUCUGUAGCAGCUGGGGCUAUUCACUUUUCGCGUCCAUUGUUUGGAAAUCUUGGUGUCGAUCGUGGCGUCACGCUCCUGGCCGGAUUGACCUGUGGAUGUUCAAUUGGUGUCUACGUCCUCUUUUUCUAUGGAAGUAGGUUAAGGGCUAGGUCAAGAUUUGCUGCUAAGUAAGUCUUGUUUCAAAC